AGAUUGAUGUGGCAAAAGAAAACAGCGUUCACCUUGACCUAUUUUAAGGUCAAAAUAAUUUCCCAGGCAAAGCGAAGUCAACAUCGGAGAUUUUGGGCAGCCAUGUCGUCCAAUCCGCAGGUGAAAAUAGGCCACUACACCCUAGGGGAGACCCUAGGGAUGGGCACGUUCGGCAAAGUGAAGAUGGGAGAGCAUCUUCUAACGAAGCACAAAGUGGCGGUCAAGAUUCUCAAUCGACAGAAGAUCAAAAGCUUGGAUGUAGUCAGCAAGAUUCGGCGGGAAAUCCAGAACCUUAAACUCUUUAGACAUCCACACAUCAUCAAAUUAUAUCAAGUUAUCAGUACUCCUACCGACAUCUUUAUGGUUAUGGAAUACGUAUCAGGCGGUGAAUUGUUUGACUACAUCGUCAAACAUGGCAAGCUAAAAGAUUUUGAAGCGCGUCGGUUCUUCCAGCAGAUCAUCUCAGGCGUAGAUUACUGUCAUCGGCAUAUGAUCGUCCAUCGAGACCUGAAACCUGAAAACCUCUUGCUCGACACCAACAUGCACGUCAAGAUCGCUGAUUUUGGUCUUUCUAACAUGAUGACGGACGGAGAGUUUCUGAGGACGAGUUGUGGCUCACCUAACUACGCAGCGCCAGAGGUCAUCUCUGGGAAGUUAUACGCCGGCCCUGAAGUGGACAUAUGGAGUUGCGGUGUUAUCCUGUAUGCUCUUCUAUGUGGAACACUUCCAUUUGACGAUGAGCAUGUACCUACGCUCUUCCGGAAAAUCAAAGGGGGAGUGUUUGCGAUACCAGAACACAUCAGCAAAUCAACGGUCAAAGGACUUAUCAUGCACAUGUUACAAGUGGAUCCCCUGAAACGAGCGGACAUCAAAGACAUACGAGAUCACGAAUGGUUCAAGGUGGAUCUGCCGGAUUACCUAUUCCCGAGGAACGACUUUGACGGGUCUAUCAUUGACACCGAGGCAGUACGGGAAGUUUGUGAGAAAUUCAGCGUGAAAGAGCAAGAGGUGCACAGUUCAUUGUUGGCUGGGGACCCGCACGAUCAACUACGCAUAGCCUACUUCCUUAUCAUCGACAACAAACGUAUCAUGGACGAAGGUUAUAUAAAUUGUAUGCCAUUGUCACCCACUGUAGCUUCGAAAUCGCAAAUGAAAGAUUUUUACCUGGCUUCGAGUCCACCACCAAGAGAAUCAUUUCUUCAAGUUGGGGAAGGGCCGCCAGCUAUCAAAGCACACCCGGAGAAAAUGCCCCCGGAAGCAGUGACGAACAUCAACGACCACCUGGACGUGAAGAGCUCCUUGGAGUUGUCGCGGCGGAUCACGCCGGUCAAGCGAUCCAAGUGGCACCUUGGGAUCAGAUCACAGAGCCGACCCCUCGAUAUCAUGGGAGAGGUCUACAGGGCCAUGAAAACGCUCAAUUAUGAUUGGAAGGUCGUCAACCCUUACCACGUCUACGUCCGGCGGACCAACGUGGUGUCGGGCAGCAUCUUCAAGAUGAGUCUGCAGCUGUACCAAGUGGACAACAAGAGUUAUCUUCUGGACUUCAAGAGUCUGAGCAAUACUAGGAAUAGCUUGGGGCAAUACGGUUCAAUGGAUGAGAAGAUGGAGACGGAUGAUUCCAAGCCCUCCACCCCUUCCUCGUCAACGACGCCCCGCCCCGCCUCCUCAACAACACCCCGCCCCGCCUCCUCAACAAAACCCCGCCCCUCCUCCAUCCCCAACACCCCCAGGUCCCCCAGCACGCCCACCGCGGCCUCCGGCUCCGCCCAGCACAUCAUGAACCACGACACCAUGGAGUUCUUUGAGAUCUGCGCCAGCCUGAUUGCGACGUUAGCACGGUAAGGCGACCAGCGGGGGAACACAACAAAAAAAACACUGGCCAUAAACUGUCGGCUCGUGGGUGGCAUUUGGCGUUUCGCGUAAACGUCCCCGAUUGUUUGCUCUGCAAAUGAGGUAUAGUCCGAUUUUAAGACAGACGUUAUCCUGAGUGUUGCAUGCGGUGACUGCUGUACUUUUUGAGUGCGGAUAACUGUUUUUAAGAUUGAUCCCCCCAAAAAAGCAGCGUUUCCCGCGUAACGACCUCAGAAUGCCUAGUUUAGUACCUAAGGUCAGCAAGCCAAUGGCCCAUAUUUAGUAGAGCUGGUUUUUUGAUGAUUGUAUUCAAAGGGAUGCUUUGUCAUGAUGUCGGAAUGAUGAAAUGGUUCACACCUAAUGAAAGUAUUUUCUUGGGUAGGAAUUUAGGUCCAGUGUAUAUCUUUGUGAUCAUCACAAAUCAUUGAAAUGGAACAGGUAGUCCUAGACGUUUGAAUGAAAUUUUUAUAGAGCAAAAAAAAAGAAAAUAGGCAAAAAAUGUUUAUCUUUACCAGUAAUGUAGUCCCCGUGUGGAUUUUGUUUCUCAACCAAGUAAUUAAAGUAAACCAUGUUUAGCAACAGCCCAAUUUCAUGGUUCUGCUAACCAUAGAAUUCCGCGCUUACGAUCACCAAUUUGUGCUAACCGCGCUAG